CCACCAUUUACACCCUCUACAUGGCAGCCUCUGAUUCAUCAAGUGUCAAUUAUCACACAUCUGAUGUUCCUCCUCAUACAUUUUAUGAUAAUCCUCCUCAUAUCUUCAUGGCAUCAUCUGAUUCAUCAAGUGUCGAUUCUCACACAUAUGAUGUUCCUCCUCAUACAUUCUCUGAAUGGCAGCAAACAAAGGGUCUUGGGUGGCGGAUAACUACAAAAAAUAGGGGAGUUGACUAUGUGGGAUUGCAAAUGGAAUAACUAGUCGACAACCGGGGAUUCAUGGGUGGAGUUUAUGCAGCUUUUGGCACUGCUGAGAGACACCAGAAUGAAGACGGGUCAAUAUGGGUGGGGUUGGCACUCGGAAAAAUAAGUCGACUUUUACAGAUAAACCUAUACUACUGGACUUGGGUUUGGUUAAGUUGAAUUUGUCCAAGAAUAUGUAUUCUAGUCCACUUGAUUUUGCCUCCGAUGUUCGGUUGGUGUUUGAGAAUGCGAUGCUUUAUAACCCCAAGACGGAUGAGGUUCAUGGAAUGGCUCAUCAGCUGCUGUCCUAUUUCGAGAUGCUUUUUAGACCGAUUCAGGCGAAAUUGCCUACUAAUCAGCGUGUGAAUUGGUUUCUGCUGUAGAUGAAUUCGAUGGAAGUUCGUGUGACGAUAUACAGACGCCUGAUAGAUCCAAGAAGCCGAAAUUUAGUGACCCGGUUGCUCCUGUUUUAAACAAGCAAAAUCACUCGACUGCAUCUAAACCGAUCAUCCCACCUGUUGUUCAGCCGCCAAAGCGGACGCCAUGCCAAUGCAGGCUGCAGAACCAUAACCAGAACAGAUCAAAUCGUAAUCAACUAUAACACAAGGAACUGUGCCGAAGCUGCCCAAGCCCAGAGCCAAGGAUCUGAACAAGAGGGACAUGAACAUGGAAGAUAAACAUAAAUUGGGGUUAGGGCUGCAAAGUAUGCCACCAGAUAAGAUACGACAUUUGUUGCAGAUCGUAUGUAAGAGGAACGAUCAGUUGGCGCAAGAGGGUGAUGAAAUAGAGCUUGACAUAGAGGCUUUGGACACAGAAAUGCUCUGGGAGCUCGAUCGGUUUGUCACCAACUGGAAGAAACUAGUGAGCAAGACGAAAAGGCAAGCACUUUUAGUAAACAUCGCAACGGUCGACAUUGAUGAUGUUGAGGGAAUGAAGAAAAACAAUAAGGAAUCAGGGGAAGAAGAUGUCGAUAUUGGCGAUGAGAUGCUGGAGAGCAGCUUCCCACAUGUGGAGAUUGAGAAAGAUGAUGGUGGUGGUCAGGGUCAAGCUGCAGGUCAUGGAAAUGAGAAUGCAAACAGCAGCUCCAACGUACCAUAAUAAUGGACAUGUGCAUACAUGUUUUAUGUUUAACUUAACAUGGUUAUUUGAUACGGAAUAAAAAUAUGCACACGCGCAA